AUGUCCUUCUCCACCCAGGCUGCAGCCCGCUGCGCCAGACAGCUCUCCGGCUCCGUCCGCCCAUCCUCCCUGCGCAUCGCGACCUCCGCUACAUACCUCACAGCCCGUCGCACACCCAGCAGCCGCCGAUGCGAAUCCACCCAGGCAGCCCCUGCUGCUUCCAGCAACCCCAAGAUCUCCCAGAUUGUCGACCAGAUCAGCACAUUGACUCUGCUCGAGACUGCCGACCUCGUGUCUAGCUUGAAGACUCGCCUGAACAUUCCCGACCUUCCCGUUGGCGGCUUCGCCAUGGCCGCCGGUGGUGCCCCCGGUGCGGCUGCUGCCGUUGAGGAGGAGGAGGCUGCUCCCGCCGCUGCCGAGAAGACGCUGUUCAACCUGAAGCUCGAGUCUUUCGAGCCUACCUCCAAGCCCAAGGUCAUCAAGGAGAUCAAGACCAUGCUCGGCCUAUCGCUGGUGGACAGCAAGAAGUUCGUCGAGUCCGCACCCAAGAUUCUGAAGGAGUCUGUGCCCAAGGAGGAGGCAGAGAAGCUCAUCGAGACGUUCAAGGCGCUCGGUGCCAAGGCGACUAUGGAGUAA